AGCUCGACGUGCGCUAGGCAUUGCCAUGCCAUUCGUCUUCUCCGAAUGUGAUUGUGCUUUUGCAAUUAAUUACCCAGAAUGUCGACUGUGUUUCUUCAUGUUGGCCAGUGUGGCAACCAACUUGGCCAACAGUUCUGGCAGCUUGUCCAACAGGAUGAUGAAGCAAAAUGUACUUUUUACCGGAGAGAUCAGAAGCUUCCCUCUCUCCAUGUCGAUACAGAAAAGAAAGUGAUUGCUAAACUUUUGAGAAACAGUAAACAACUUCCUGUAAGAGAGGAAAAUGUCAUCUUGAGUAAGCAAGGCAGAGGAACAAACUGGGCCAUGGGUUACCAUGGGACAUCUACCAAUCCUAGCGAGAGCAUGAUUGAAGUGACCCUUGAAGUGUUGAGGAAAGAGGUGGAACGAUGUGAUUCAUUCUGUGGAACAGUUAUGAUGCACAGUCUCAGUGGAGGAACAGGAUCAGGCCUUGGUUCUCAUCUGUGUGAGGCUGUGCGAGACACCUACCCUAUGGCAUACAUCCUAGACGUAGCUGUAGCACCCCAUACCCAAGGGGAGAGCCCUCUUCAACAUUAUAAUAAUCUGUUCUGUCUUGCAUGGCUUCAAAAAUUUGCAGAUUGUGUUAUCCUUUAUCAUAAUGAUGAAGUCUUGCAUCAUCUCCAAGGCUUGAAUAUCACCAAGGGCAACCGAGAUGCUGCAAACGUCGAUAUCAAGAUGAUGAAUAAGUACAUCACAGACUCCCUGGCAGGUUUGCUCUGCCCCAUUUCAAGCAAUACAACAAGGAGUGGUAUAUCUAGUGGCAAUGAACCAUGGGAGUUGCUGAGGUCUGUGGCUCCGAUGCCUGCACAUAAGUUUCUUCAUGUCUCCCAUGUCAUGAAAAGUAAAUCCACGUGGGAAGCGAUGACUACUAAUCUUAUCCAGAGUGCUGUCAGAUACGACACAGAUGGACAACAUUAUUCUUCGCUUGCUUCACUGGUAGCGGUAAGAGGAGACCCAACAUCUACCUUUAUGACCAGUCUUCCAGUCAUUGAGAGAAAACUCAAAGCAGCUCUUGGCUUCGUGGAGUGGAAUCCCUUCCCCAUUGACUUCUGGAUUGGAAAGCAGCAAGGAGUUUUAUUAAAGGACACGUCUUCCAUGACGAUGUGUGUGAAUACUAGUAGGAUCGUGAGCAUGAUGCAGAGGGUACAGUCCAGAGCACGUUCCAUGUACGAUGCCAAAGCUUUUCUACACUGGUACCAAAGAUACAGCUGUGAUGAGACGGAAUUUGAAGAGGCAUUUGCAACAGUGAAUCAAGUCAUCAGGGACUAUGAGAGUGCUGCUGAAGGUUGAGGAUUGAUGAUCAGAGACAGAGAUGGUCCAAAGCUAGUCUGGUGGUUUGUUGGUGAUUAGAGUGUCAUCGGGAGACUAUGACAGGGCUGCAGAAGGUUGAAGAUUAAUGAGCACAGCACUGGAUGACAGAGAUGGUCCAAAGUAAGUCUGAUCAUGUCUUGUUAAUAAGAGAGAGAUCAGAUAUGAGACAGCUGCUGGAGGUUGAGGAUUGAUGAUCACAGACAGAGAUGGUCCAAAACAAGUCUGAUGAUGUGUUGAUGAUUACAGAGUUGUCAGAGACUACGAGAGAGCUGCAGAAGGGUGAGGA